AUGGCAACACCCAGUGAAUUCCUUGCCAAAGCUGCAAUUGAAAGAGUAAAGAAAAUGGAUGGUGCUCAUGUCCUAUCGGGGAAUGUUUUUGAGCCCCGAGCAUUGGAUGAACUUCUUCCACAAUGGAAACAAGAAGAGGCACCAAUUCACAUCCCUGUUUCUUCUGAUAAGUUUUGGUUCCUUUCCAAAAACCAAGCAUUUUCACUUCCAUGUCCUUUUGAUAACAACGGAAACUAUGUUAUAAGUUUGAGUCAAUUAGUGCGUUGGUUGGGACUGAAAGCUGAAGAACUAGGAGUUGAAAUUUAUCCAGGUUUUGCUGCUAGUGAGAUUUUAUACAAUGCAAGUGACAAGGUUGUUGGCAUUGCAACCAAUGAUAUGGGAGUUGCCAAAGAUGGUUCUAAGAAAGACAACUUUCAGCGUGGUGUAGAGUUGAAAGGACGUGUUAAUCUUCUUGCUGAAGGAUGUCGAGGAUCAUUAUCAGAGCAAGUCAUGAGAAAAUACAACUUGAGAGAGAUGGGGCAGGGGCAACAUCAAACUUAUGCUCUAGGCAUUAAAGAGGUAUGGGAAAUUGACACGGGCAGACAUAAACCUGGUUCUGUGCUUCACACGGUGGGUUGGCCCUUGGACCACAAAACCUAUGGGGGGUCUUUCUUGUACCAUAUGACAGAUAGACAGGUUGCUAUAGGUUUUGUGGUUGCUUUGAAUUAUCACAAUCCUUUCUUCAACCCUUACGAGGAAUUCCAGGUAAAUUUUCCAGUGUUUUUGUUUUGGACCCCUAGUUGUUUGUCCAUUUGA